AGCAGAAACAUCAGUUCCAGGCAGUCCGGCUUUGUGGAUUUUGCUUUCCCUCCGUCCUUUUAUUUUUUCUUUCCCUCCGUCCUUCCUUCCUUUCAUUAGCAGUUGAAACCUGAGUUUUGUUAUUCUUUAGGAGCAGUAUGACAUCAGAGGUAGUAGGCAGGACAACCUCCCACUUUGCAGUGAAAAUCCCACUAUCACCCUAGGCUAGCUAAAUCUUUGUGGACCAGCCUACAUCCCACUGUGUAUCUGUAUGCAUGCAUGUGUGUUGAGUUGCCUGAGAGAUAGAAAUCGAGACCAGUGCUGAGGAGAAAGCAUGACAGUGAGGAGCAUGCAUCUGUACAGGAGCCACAGCUGAGAUGGAGACAUCGGCCCCUGCACGCCUUUGACAAGGACCAGAAGAACAGAACAAACGACGUGUUGCCGUACAGACUGACUUCCCACAACUACAGGUGCACCAGUUAUACAGUCUGCCUAGUUGUAGGGGAGCAGAAGAGGAGAGGAACCAAGAAGCUGACAUGGAGCCCAGAGUGUGGUGCCUGUUUGUCCUGCUUGGGGUGUUGUUCUGGGACAGCAGUCAGGGCCUCAGAUCCCCCAUCCUGACACGGAGACACAGGGCCACGGAGGAUAAAGGAGAACCACCCAAGAAAUGCUCGUACACCUUCCUGGUCCCUGAGCAGAAGAUUAAGGGGCCCAUCUGUGCCAGCCGGGGCCCACACACGGACAAGGACCGUGUGACCCGCCUGGACGUGGCGGUGGUAAGGGACCUGCUUUCCAAACAGAGACGGGAAAUGGAGACCCUGAAGCUGGUGGUGGACGUGGAUGGGAACCUGGUGAACGAGAUGAAGCUGCUGAGGAAGGAGAGCAGGAACAUGAACUCCAGGGUGACUCAGCUCUACAUGCAGCUGCUCCACGAGAUCAUCAGGAAGAGGGACAACUCCCUGGAGCUGGCUCAACUGGAGGGACGCAUCCUCAAUGCCACAGCAGAGUCCCUACGUCUGGCCGCCCGCUACCGCGACCUGGAAGCCCGUUACUCCUCGCUCUCCGCUUUGGUCAACAACCAAUCGGUUCUCAUUGGCGCCCUGGAGGAGCGCUGUCUGCAGGUGUAUGGCCGGCGACAGGACCAGCAUCCUCAGGGCCCACCGCUGGUGCAAGUGGUGCCUGAGAACAUACCAGUUAGCAUCCCAAGAUUCACCAAUGAGAUCCAGAGAGACCACGGCCGGGCAUUCCCCAGAGAUAGGGGCUCCCGAUCAGGGCCAGCACCCACGGGAAGCACCCUGGAGCUGCAAAAGGCUCUGCAGGGCAACUUCAGCGCAGAGGGUCCUUUCAGGGACUGUCUCCAGGCGCAGGAGGCCGGCCACGGCACCAGUGGAAUGUACCUGCUGAAACCGGAUGAGGCGGAGAGGCCUAUGCAGGUGUGGUGUGAGCAGGGCCUGGACAACGGAGGUUGGACUGUCAUUCAGAGCAGAAGAGACGGCUCAGUCAACUUCUUCAGGAACUGGGAUGCCUACAAGAAUGGAUUUGGCAACAUAGACGGGGAGUACUGGCUGGGACUGCUGGGGAUUUACAAUUUAGGAAAGCAGGCAGACUACCGACUUCUGGUGGAGCUGGAGGACUGGGUGGGAAAGAAGGUUUAUGCCGAGUACAGCAGCUUCCACCUGGAGCCGGAGAGUGAAGGCUACCGCCUGAGGCUGGGAACAUACCAGGGAAACGCUGGCGACUCCCUCAGCAGCCACAACGGGAAGCAAUUCACCACACUGGACAGGGACAAGGACGCCUUCUCAGGUAACUGUGCACACUUCCAUAAGGGCGGCUGGUGGUACAACUCCUGUGGACAGGCAAAUCUGAACGGUGUUUGGUACACCGGCGGGGUCUACCGCAGCAAGUUCCAGGACGGAAUCUUCUGGGCCGACUACGGUGGGGGAUUCUACUCUAUGAAGGGAGUGCGCAUGAUGGUCAGACCCAUAGAAUGAGACAGGGAGAGUCAGGAUAACCCCGCGAUCAACACGUGUGCACAGUGCCGCCUGUCUCUCGCCUACUCCAUCACGGACACCGAGUACAGACACUGGGCGACGCCGUUGUCUGAGGUGACAAAGUGCUGUGUGAAACUGAGGUGAAGGCAGGCGACAGGUUUUUCCUGACAGACCCAGACCCUCACCUCUACCUUUAGAGACUUUGAAAAUCUAGACCUCACUGGCAGCACGUGAAUUAGAGCAGGAGGUGCCGCACAUAUCAGUUCCCAUGGAGAACAGAUCCAAACAACCGACCGUAUUGGAUGGCAUUGAUAUUUAUAAGUCGCCAGAUGUAAAGGAUUGCAUAUUUUAGCGAGGUGUUGUAAAUAUCCGUGAUUGCGAUAUCUUAUGUAAGCAUUCAAUCUCAUUUCAACUACGUGAUGCCUUCUGAAUCACGUUCCCUUAGAUAUUUUUUUUUGUAAGUUUGAAAUAAACCAGUGCAAAGGAGAUGCUUUAAAUUAUCCAAUCGGAAACACUGUUUUUUUUCUAUUCAUUCACUAUGUAUUGUUUUUUAUAGCCCACUCAUGUGCUGUAUGUUGUGUGAAAGUUUUUCUCAUUUGUGAGUUGAUUAACUUUCAAUAGAAGCAUUAAGAAAAAAAGAACAGGAUUUGUGGUUAGUUUUGCGUGGUUUUGGAGACUUAGAAAAUGCAGACGAAGCAGAGAGUUAGUGAGAGGCAUUGGAGCAGACAAUGAGAAACACAUUGCUGAGAGCCAGACAGGACAGAGUAGAGGGGAGAAGAGAGGGGGAAAGAGAGGAAAGAGAACACGAAGGGGGAAUGGGGGUGGAAUCUGUCCAAAUUUCCAAGUGAUCUUUUUUCCUUCUUCCUUUUAAAUACAGAGAAAUUGACAUUCUUUCCACACAAAAGUGCUUGGACUGUGUGUUUUUGAAUAUUUUUCAUUGAAAAAGUCACGACUCUGUGGUCUGUAAUCACCAGUAGAACAAGUUGGAUCUGGAGGGAAACCCAUCUCAAAGAAGAGUGAGAUCGGCCAGUUUCUACCACCCAUUAAAUUCAUUGUGGAAAGGACUGAAAUAAAAUAAAAGGUCCUAUUAUUAUCUGUAUAUGGGUCACAUCAAGAUGAACUCUUAACAUGUAUUCUGACCAUGUUACAGUACAGUAGGGACUUUCAUUGUUUUAUUGGAUGACUGCUGUUGUACAGUCAUUGAUAAAUUAUUCAACUACAUUGCAAGUGACAAGACCUAAGCAAUGACAGCUGUAGCAUGCCCAGUCAUCAGAUUGUAAUAGAAACCAGUUAGGAUAAACCAAACAGGAUCUUUGUACUUCUAUAGACAUGUUAACAGACUCCAAAUGCAACUCAACCAGGCUCCUACUCCAACAAAUACAGCAAUUACUCUGACCGUGAAGAGACCAUCUGCAAUUCCUACAUCUUUUCUUGGACUUAUUAUUAAAUGAUGUUACUUAUUAAUGCCUCAUUAUCUCAUUUAAACAAAAAAUAUAUUUUAUUCUCACACCAGUGAUCUAAAUAUUGCAAAUGGUGACAAACACAGCCUGAAAACAUUGUUAAAACAUGAGUUUCAUGAGAGGUCAAUCUUUUGUCUCACUAUCUGAUUGGCCCUUUUAAAGCCCAUUGGAACAGACAACUAUGGCAAAAUAAAAACAAUGAAAACACGGGAGUGGACCACCAAAGUAACUUAUUCUCUUUAUGUGGGAAAGGAGUUCAGAGUUCAAUACAUAUUAGGAUUAUUUGUUCUGUUGAGUGCCUGUUGCUCAUCUAACUUCACCUCAAACAUAAGAAACAUUUAUCAACCAGUAAGAUAAAAUGUAAAAUUAAAGCUAUGUAGAGUGCAAGGGGGAGGUGCUACAGAAAUAAGAUAUGAUUAUUGGAUGUUGACAGAUUUGACUAUUGGAUGUUGACUUAUUGAUUGAUUGAUGGGUGGAUGAAUUUUAUUUGACAAUUUAACAACACCAAAAAGACAAUGUCUACAAAAUGCAGGAAAUGUGUUUAAAUGUGUUAAAUUAUUAUUUGUAAUAAAUAUUA